UCUUCCCUCAUCACCGCCCCCCCUGGAUCCUCAGUUGACCAGCGUCGCAAGAGAGCGUCGCUCCUGCGCCCGGCAAAUCUUCGUCUUACCUCCUCUCCCUCACCGCCUUUCUCGACUUUAUUCGCCACGACAAGGUUUUCUCGAGUGAAAACUACUUGCGCACCUUGAACCAGCCCGCACGGCCAAAGGACCUGUUUUUUUUAACCCCCCCACCCACCUCCCGACUCAAGCCAAAGCAGUCGAUGAUGUUGCGAGAAAUGUGGCAAUUACGCGUUUGAUUUUGUUGUCAUUUGUGCCUUCGCUCCGUGUUGCCUUUUUUUGAGGAAAGGCUGGGAAUCAUCUUGAGACGAGAGGAGGGUGUCUGCCCCAAGACAUUUUAGAGCUGGGCUGCUUGCAUUACACAUCAUGUUGUCCUCGGACGAGCCGCUGGACCUCAAGCUUCCCUCGGGACGGACGCGUUGUCCCCUCCGACUAGGAAAGCGGAGCUCGUCAUCCAUCUGCGCACCGCUCGGCAUCCACCCGCGACCGCGCCUGAUUUACACCACCUUCCCGUCACCGCCUUCCUCUCCAGAUUCCAAGUCCCCAUGUCAUGAGCGACCUGGAUCCUGCUUUACUCCCCCAGCCAUGGACCUCAGCCUGUCGCCUUCCUCCAGACACGACUCCUCCCUUUCCCCGUCUCCCUCGUCCCCAUCCCCCUCGUCCCCUCCCUCGCCUCUGGAGUCCCCCUACAACAGCAGAAGCAGCGGCAGCCCUCGGCCAAACGCCUUCACACGGGAAGCGACGCUUCAUCGAAGGGUGGAGGCUGACGCGUCACCUCCGCGCUAUCCUUUCUAUAUGCCCAUCGCAAGCCCACCGGCGGGGUACAGCUUCCCGUCUUCUCUUUUCAGUGGUCAGAAGAGGGACAAGCAAGCCACACCUGAACCCUCACUGGACGCUCAACUCGCAUGCCGCUGGAUGAAGUGCCACCUGCUGUUUGGGUCGCUACAGGACUUGGUGGACCACAUCAACGACGCCCACGUCAAACCCGAAAAGGAUUCUGGGUACUGCUGUAAGUGGCAGGGUUGUGCUCGCAACGGGCGGGGCUUCAACGCCAGGUAUAAAAUGCUGAUCCACAUCCGCACACACACCAAUGAGAAGCCGCAUCAUUGUCCCACCUGCAGCAAGAGUUUUUCACGUCUGGAGAACUUGAAGAUCCACACGCGCUCCCAUACAGGAGAGAAACCUUACAUCUGCCCGUAUGAGGGCUGCAACAAGCGUUACUCCAACUCCAGCGACCGCUUCAAGCACACCCGCACGCACUACGUGGACAAGCCCUACUGCUGCAAGAUGGCCGGCUGCCUGAAGCGUUACACCGACCCCAGCUCGCUACGCAAGCACAUCAAAGCCCACGGCCACUUUGUUAGUCAGGAGCAGGGCGCCGCCCCAAAGGCGGGUCCUCUCGGAAACCAGGGGACGACUGACCCCGCCUCGACGGGGGGCACCCGGCUCAUCCACCCGGGGGCGGCCGCGGCCCUCCUGGGCGGUUUAGGCACGACGCUGCCGCUGUCUGCGCUGUGCCACCCCCAUGCGCCGCUCUUCUCCGUGGGAAGAAGAGGAGGCCUGGGCCCGCUCGGCCUGACGGACUCGCCGCUUUUUCACUUUGGACUAUCGGCGGCGUCCGUGUUGGGGCUGAGCUCUCUGGGAAGGCCGCGCCGUGGCGAGGGCGACACCGAGCCAGAGGGGGAGGCUUUAAACCUGUCUGCGGAGGUGGCGCCCAGAAGGGGGGAUCCCCUGUCCUGGGUGGUUGUCCCCCCGAGGGCACUCCUGCUCAAGCCAGCUGUUGUCAGCUAGGAUGGUCUCCCUCUGUUUGGAGGCGGGGCGAUGAGUGUAAGGGGUGGUCUGACGUGGUAUUUUUACAUCACUGACUUUUCCCGUUUACCCAUACGGGGCUGCAAUGAUAUUUCCAAGAAUAUUUGGCCGAACAAAUGACACAAAAAAAAUCUUUCACUUGCGUGUGAUAGUCAAUUUUUAAUGCCGAUUUGAAAGUAGUCAUAAAAACAGGCUACACGAGUGACCCACCCAAUGUGACACAAUUGCAUGGAUAGUGGUGACUACACGUGGGGGUUUAGGACCAUUAUAGCCAUUAUAACAACACAGAAAUUCACGAGAAACUGACGCCCACCAACAAAAAAAGUUUGGAAUUGACAGUCGAUGCCACAAGAGGGUGGCAAUACACUUUGGUCUAUUUGAAAAUGCUAUGGCCUGACUUAGCCAAAUAACACAAGGUGAGUUCCUCCCACCCGGUCAUGAAAACAUCCGCAAAAAAAGUAC